CAGCACCAGAGGCGGGCGUGUAUGAUAUUAUAAAUGCGCCAAAGUCAAGCUCCCUUGCCGACUUGUUUCUCUAGAGUCCAUCAGUUGUUCUUAUUGCAGAGAGCUUGCGGAAAGAUAGCUGGGGUUGAAUCAUUUUGAUAUUCGCUGUGUUUUAUUCUGUCCUGAGCUAGGUUGGAGAAAGUCGCACUCGUGCGCGCCGUGAAGCAGAAUGUCCGCAAAUAAACAAGGCAAGAUGCAAAACCUCAUCAACUACCGGAUGAGGGUAACGCUUACCGAUGGACGUCAAAUGACAGGCCAAAUGCUGGCCUUCGAUAAGCACAUGAAUCUCGUCCUAGCAGAUACAGAAGAAUUCCGCCGUGUCAAGAGAAAACCAACCAAAUCCACCCAAGCCCCCGGGUCCAGCACACCAACCCUUGUCGAAGCAGAAGAGAAACGAACCCUCGGGCUAACAAUCGUGCGCGGAACACACGUCGUCUCGUGCUCUGUUGAUGGACCCCCGCCCGCUGACCCCGCAGCCCGGUUAGGCACAACUGUGCCGGGUGUAUCAGGAGCUGCUGCUGCGACCUUGGCUGCAGGACCUGGUAUUAGCAGACCGGCUGGAAGGGGUUUGCCGGUUGGCCUGGGUGGACCAGCGGCUGGUGUUGGUGGACCACCACCACCCGGAGGAUUUGGAGCGUUCCCCCCUGCCGGGUUCCCUGGGGCUCCUCCGCCCGGGUUCCCAGGACGAGGAGGACCACCUGGAGGCCCUCCUGGCUUCGGACCGCCUCCUGGAUUUGGUGGACCUGGUGUACCAGGUGGACCUCCCGGCGGAUUCCAACCUCCACCUGGUUUCCAGCCCCCUCCUGGCCAAGGUAGAGGGUACCCGCCCCCUGGGUUUGGAGGAAGAUGAAAUUUGAGGGAGCCAAUUUGAGUUGUACGUUGAUGGAGACGCACGCAAAGCAACGGACUACUUUUUAGAAGAACGUGACAGGAAAGGAACUUUUCUUUUUGUUACAUGGAUACACAAGCAUCCAACAUUUUGACACGGACAAGCUGCCGCCAAGCACCAAACUCUACACAUGACGGAACAUCUGCUGCUGUUAUUCGGAAAGAGAAAACAAUAUAAAAAUUCGACUUCUUAUACAAUGGCGUUUGGGCGCUAGGGUAUUGGGGGAAAGUUGAUCGGAAGUUGAUCGGGGGGGUCUUCUCUCUCCGAGACCGAAGCUUUUUUUUUUAUCUUUUUUAAUUUUCUACAGCUUCGUUUUAUUUUUGCCGGCCAUACACCCAAGACAGAUUAAUUGUAUUAGCUAGUCAAAGAUCUAAAAAAAUCAAAAAGAGAAUAUGGUCUUCCCUC